AUGAAACUAAUGGAAGAGUUGGACGAAAAGCGUCAAAAGCAAUGGAAACUCAAUAAAACCCGAAUCGUAAACGAGUCACAUCUGAGCCACAAACUGAGUGUCGAGAUAUGCCCGCCAAUAGUGGAGGUGCCGACAGCCGGCACAACCAGAAUCGAUUUGGAGGCCAUUGCACCCAAACCACCGCAACGAGUGGUGAAAGCGAAGAGUCUGUACAGCAGGACAAUAGCGCCCAAAGACUUCGACAUCAUAGGGAACGGUAGGCCGUCGGGCAAGAUAGACAGCGCUGGAAGUCAUUUAAACCUGAGACACGCCGUACGACAGACGCAGCGCAUAAAACUGAUGCUCGCGCUGGACAGGUAUGAGAAACCGCUCGGUUCUGUCAACACGCAGGCCAUCGCCCAACGCAUUGAGGGCAUGAUCUUCAAGGUGCUCAUGAAUGACGCCAAACAGUACAGACAACAGAUUCUUGCGGUCAAACGAUUCAUUCUCGACCGCAAGAAUUGGUUCAGUCAUGUUCGGGAUAUGCUGUUGGGCCGCACCCACCCCGAAGACAUUGCCCUUUUGACUAAAGACCCGCAAAUGACUCAAAUAAUCGCUCUGAGGAUGAAGUGGAGACUGAAGGACGAGAAGUGGAAGAUCAGAGUCGAUAUGCGGACAUCGGGUCAACGACUCAUUGCCAUAGACUUGGAUGCACUCACAGACUAUGACACUGGCACUGACGCUGACGAGGAAUACAGUGAACCUGUUGUGUCCGUCACUGACAAAGACGUUGAGCCCAACGAUAGCGUGACAAGUGAUCCCGAAAUGAUGAAACCAAGUGGUGAUAAUGACAGUGACAUGAAUGGUGGUCGAGUGAAAGACACGACUCGUGAGCAGAGGUCUGAUUGUGAGUCAAACACUGGUCACAAGAGUGUCAAAAUAGACACGAGAUAUAGAAAAAGACAAAUUGAUUACAAAUUGGUGGACAAGAGGACGGGUAUCUGGAUGUCUGACCAAAAGUCUGUGCUCUUGAAUGAGACGCCGCCGGAAGCCAUGGAAGUGCGGAUCGUUUGCUUCCAUUGCGAGAAGAGAUACCAGUCUAUGGCUGACUUCAGACACCACUACAAGAAGAGACACUUUAAGGACAACAAGCCGUGCGCUGGAGUCAAGCUGAAGCUGAUCCCCAAAUCGGUGGACAAAACAUCGACACAUAAACACAAACAC